UCGGUGGCUGAGCGCGCUGCAGUUGCGAAACAUUAACAGGAAUUAUUGCUCACCUUUUCAAUUCGGAAUCAAAGUUUCGGCGACAGCCGACCUUAUUAAGCACCUGGAGUUAAGAAUGGCUCCAAACGAUCGCCUAGCUCAAUUCAAAAAUCACGGGAAAGAUCUUGAAAGUGGCCGGCUGCGUCGCAAGGAAGACGUCAUUGAACUACGUAAAGCUCGUAAAGAUGAGCAGCUCUCAAAACGACGCAACAUUCAUUUGGAUGCAGAGGAAGGUGACUUCGACGAGGGUGACAACAACAAUCCAAUUACGCCUUCAAAAACAGGGGAUCAUCAAUCCAUUCAGGACAUCGAACAACUCGUGAAGGGUAUCUAUUCUAGUAAUGUGGAAACUGUCUUGAAAUUUACGCAUUUAUCUCGACGUGUUUUAUCUAAAGAACGGAAUCCGCCAAUUGACAAGUUCAUCGAACUCAAUGCUGUACCUAGGCUGGUGGAAAUCCUUAAGGCACAAGACCGCCCUGAUCUUCAAUUUGAAGCCGCAUGGGCCCUCACUAAUAUUGCUUCAGGCACGGCGGAGCAGACGAAGUGCGUCGUCGGGGAAGGCGCUUGUCCAUUGUUCAUACAGCUCCUUGGAUCGAAACACAAUAAUGUGGCUGAGCAGGCUGUGUGGGCGCUGGCAAAUAUCGCAGGCGACGGACCUGAGUACCGUGACAUGCUGAUUCGAAACGGAAUAAUACCUGCUGUGAUUAAGCUUAUAAAGCAAGAUACGUCAUGCAACUUCUUGGCCAAUGUGUCUUGGUGCCUUAGCAAUCUCUGCCGCAACAAGAAUCCUCCUCCUCCGCUCGAAGCUGUUGUGGAAUGUCUUCCUGCGAUAAAGCAACUCUUGAUGCAUGAAUCCAACGCCGUGAUUUCGGAUGCAUGUUGGUCUCUCUCAUACAUUUCCGACGGAACCGAUGACCGCAUUCAAGAGGUGGUGGACCAAUACGUACUCGAUCGUCUCGUAAGCAUAAUUAGUUCUUCAAAUGAUCGUAAUCUUGUUGUACCAGCGUUACGCACCCUGGGUAAUAUUGUCACCGGAACUGAUGUACAAACGCAAGCGGUGAUCGACCACGGUGCCUUACCAGCCUUCAGGCAUCUUUUAACUAAUGAGACAUUGAAUCUCCGCAAGGAAGUGGCAUGGGCACUCUCAAACAUCACAGCUGGCAAUCAAAGUCAAAUCCAAGCUGUGAUUACUGCUGGGCUUGUUCCUUGUCUCAUCGAACUCAUUCAACAUGGAGAUGUCAAAACGCAGAAAGAGGCUACUUGGGCCAUUUCCAAUUUCACUUGUGGAGGAAGCGUAGAUCAGAUAGGAUUACUGGUCCAAGAAGGUGUACUCCAACCGCUUAUUGACAUGUUAACUCAAAAUGACGCUAAGAUCACUAUGGUGGUUCUGGAUGCUGUAAGGAAUAUCCUACAAGCCGGCGACAAGAUGAACCAGCGUGAUACCCUGUGUGAGGUACUCGAGGAAAUGGGACUUGUUGAUCAACUCGAGCGAUUGCAGGCCCACGAAAACGAAGAGAUUUACGGGAUGGCGGUUAAACUCGUUGAGGAAUAUUGGGGCGCAGAAGACAGCGAAGGUGAAACAGGCCCUGCGGUAGCUGAGGACGGUCAGCAUUACAUGUUCAAUCCCAACAAUCCUGGAUCCGGCAAUAGUCAGUUCCAGUUUUAAAGUUCUAUAGGUAAAUAAAUAACAGUGGCAAGCGACUACUGUUUACAUGAUCUCCAAUAUUUUCCUCUCUCUAGGCCUAUCUGAUCUUAUAUGUGCAAAGCAAUAGAUCACAACUACCAAACCAUUGCUAUUUCACGGGUUACGUUUCCGAAAGAUUUUGUUUUUAGUCAAAAAUAUUAUGGUUACUAUCCGCAACUGAUAGUUCCUUCGUACAAAAAUUGGCUCAAGCAAAAAUGGCUUUGGCUACGUAAAAAUAGCCAUCUAUGUUAAAUGUUUACGUAGAGAUGUGUUAAAUGAAAUGACUGGUCAAAUUAACACAGAGUAAUAAAGCUCUCUGACAGGUUUUGACCACCUAACUCAAAAUCAGUUAGCUAAUGUUUAAGAAUUUAGUAAAGCGCUUUGCUGGAUCGCCUAAUUUUAUUAUAUUUAUCACUCUUGAAUAACGCUGCAUUUUUUUAAGAAAUUGGUGUGGACAUAUCUAUAAUGAAUGCGACAAUCAUUAUCAUUGUGAAGAAUAAAACAAAUGAUUGGGUUCAA